GGCGUUUGUCUCUGAGGGGAAAAUAAGCGGUCGACGGUGAAAGUGAAAGGAGAGGAGAUCUGUAUCUGUGGUGGAGAGCAGCGGAGCGGGCAGUCCCCACGACACACACGGACCGAGGGAGACACAGAGAGAGAGAGAGAGAGAGAGAGAAGCCCGGGGUUCAGUUCAGCAGACACAGCCAUGGCUAACAUCGCGGUCCAAAGGAUAAAGCGGGAGUUCAAAGAAGUUCUCAAAAGCGAAGAGACGAGUAAAAACCAGAUAAAAGUAGAUCUGGUGGAUGAGAACUUCACGGAGCUGCGGGGGGAGAUCGCUGGUCCUCCCGAUACGCCGUAUGAAGGUGGCAGAUUUCAACUUGAAAUUAAAAUCCCAGAAACCUAUCCGUUUAACCCUCCAAAGGUCCGUUUCAUCAGUAAGAUCUGGCACCCUAAUAUCAGUUCUGUGACGGGAGCGAUAUGUCUGGACAUUUUAAAAGACCAGUGGGCAGCUGCCAUGACCCUGCGGACGGUGCUGCUCUCUCUUCAGGCUCUGCUCGCCGCAGCAGAACCAGAUGACCCGCAGGACGCAGUAGUAGCCAACCAGUACAAGCAGAACCCAGAGAUGUUCAAACAGACCGCCCGGCUGUGGUCUCACGUCUACGCGGGCGCUCCCGUCUCCAGCGCCGACUACAACCGCAAAAUAGACAAGCUGUGUGCGAUGGGCUUCGAUAAGAAUGCAGUAAUAGCGGCCUUGUCUUCAAAAUCCUGGGACGUGGAAACCGCGACAGAGCUGCUCCUUAGCAACUGAGGCAACCGAGUCGGGUGUGAGGAUCCCGGCCAUCCCCUCAUGGCAUCGCCCCCGCCCCAAUCCCCACAUCCAUUCAAUCGACCAUUGUUUUUUAAUACCCACAGAGAAUUUCCCCAUCCCAUUCACCCAUGCAGUCUUGAGCCCCACUGGUAGCACCACGAUGGCCAAUACGCGCUCCGCCCCGUUGCCUUUCAGACCCCCGUCGGUCUAGCACGCCGCUUUUUCUUCCACUAACAUGACAUCCUCGUCAUAAACCACCUUCACACACGCAGCUCAAAAUUCAUGCUCUGCAUACUGGCUGACAUUUUGGUUAAUUAUUAUUAUUGCGAAGAAUCAAAUGACCUGCAGGGUCAGAUGGGGAGGACGCCAGCAGACUGCUCCUCCCAGUGCAUCACCAACUACCACCUGCGGCAACAAGUUGAAUUGUGUCAGAUAAUUAAUAGGUCUAGCUGGAUUACAUUAACUCAACUGGUGUUCUGCGUUGAGUGGUGUCACUUUUUUUUUAUAUUACAUGCUGCAUUAUCCUGCAGUUUUUAUUUUUUGUCUGUGGGAUUAGAAAACGUCUGUUCUACAAACAUCUGCACAUAUGGAAAAUAUUAUCUGUAAAUAGGUGUGUAAAUACUUUUCUUUUCUUACACAAUCCGAUAACAGAUUAUUUUAAAUAUGCCUGGUUUAUAAUUAUGAGGCGGGAUAUCUUUAUGAUUUUGGGAUCCAUGAGGAAUCAUCUGAAAAGGCUUUUAUUUAUUUUUUUCUGAAGAUUGUUGCUCAGCCAAAGUCUUGGGACGGGAAGUGACAGCCAGUUCAGGCCCGUGAAGGACGCCACAUGCCACCUUUUUCUGCUGCGCCACAAUCGCUACUUUCUUUUCCCCUUUUGCCUUCUGUCCUCGCAUGAUCUGUUCUGCCUUUUAUUUCUAUUUGGCUAAACAAUGUGGUGAUUGGGGGGGGCGAGGGGGGAAGGUGGUUGUCCAAUCCGACAUGCCUUCAGGUCGGUGAAGCUCGAAAGACUGGGAGCCAGAGUUUGCAGUCUGGAGGGGAACUUCAGCCUCUUUGUGGAGCGUGGAGCUCCCUCUUGUGUUCUGGAACGAUUCGCCAGGAAACGCCUCAAGGAAAAAUGAGUGAACGAGUUUGCAGUGUUUAAAAAAAAAAAAAAAAUUCAAAGCAACCAUGUCACUUUCAGCCACGGAUCAAGAAUCUUCUCGUCCUCUUCGGUCCUGAUGCUGAUCAUUACAGCUGCGCUCAAAUCCAAACGUCAGCCACACAUGCGCUUUGCUACAGAGCCAAAUAAAAUGCCCCGUGAUGUCUGAGGUGUCGUUAAAGAGGCGGGGACUCCUCAUGAGCACAUAGCAGGCCUGCAGUGUCCUCAGACGUUGUUGAUUUUCUGGUACAUUGACUUUAGGGUGUUGACAAACCCACACACACACACACCACCUUUAAGUAAUACAACAGUUUCCCCACCAACACGCCACAUAUUACAGUACCACAGUUUUCAUGCCUCCUCUCCACUGGCUGUGCAGAGUUUCCAGCCAGAGACGACAAAUGGCUUAAUCCGGCGCCUUGACCUGUAAAUAGUCCAGUUGUUGAUUAAGCGCCGUCUCUUCAGCCCUCCAAGGGCACCAUUAACGGCCGGAUAAAUAUUUUUUAAGAAAAAGGCAGGCCCUCUGAUCAGUCGUCCAGUUUCCUCACAAUGUACAAUAUUGCACGAUGAAGAAGAAUCGGCAAAAUGGGCCGUCGCAUCUCAGUUUCUCCGUUUGGAUUGAGGCUUUUUUGUUCUCCUUGGCUUCAUUGGAAGAGAGAAGCAGUUUAAAAAGCAUGAUUUAUUUAUUGUGACAAUGUCAUGUUUCUUUGAUUAAAAAACAAAAUGGCAGAAAAUAA